CUGAGGGAUUCCCACGAGGUUCUAAGACCCGUGUCGAGGCUUUGGGUGGGGCCGAUCUGAAUGCAGCUGGCCUUGCCCAAGCGAGGGGCAAUCUCGGUUUGGCAGGAGAUUAGCCGGUGCUCAGCCCCGGAAAAUAUGCGUUGCCGCUGAGCGCUUUCCCACAAUUACUGUCUAGCCUCAACCCACCCCCAACAGAUAAGCUAAUAACACGCUUGGGGUCAGGGUUGUUUCCUUCCAUUAGGCAGCCAUGCGCGGUGCUGCGUACUGUGGCGAAUUAGCAGGAGCUGGGAACAUCCCACCCCGUCUCUUUAAAUCGAAAUGGCUAACUAUGGGCCUCCAGAAGUUGUUGGAUUACAACUACAAUUAUUCCUGGCCACUGCCUAUGGUGGCUGAGACUGAUGGAAGUUAAACAACAUUUGGAGGGCCACAGGUUCUCCACACCUGGUUUAAAAGUGCCUUUAACUAUACUACAAGAUUCUUUGCUGUUUCUGCCCAGUGCUGUCGUUUCCUCCUCCAGGAUAAUCCAGUUACAUCAUGGCUGCCCCAGAUGAGCUCAGAUUUCAUGAAUUUGAUGAAGCCAUAGAUUUGCUGGCUGAGAAUGCUGAUGCCACCACUCCUAGCAUCAGUGAGCGACAAAGCCACACAACUAUAAACAUGUCCUCCAGCUAUAAUGAGGAACAUGAGCCAGAAGAAGAGGAUGAUAAAACUGAGCUCCUGAGUUUCCAGAAGAAACAAUCCAAUUUCUGGACCUUUGAGUAUUACCAGGCGUUCUUUGAUGUUGACACAGAUCAGGUGCUGCACAGGAUAAAGGGGUCGCUGCUUCCAUUCCCAGGGAAGAACUUUGCAUGGCAUCAUUUGCGGAAUAACCCUGACCUAUAUGGGCCCUUCUGGAUCUGUGCCACCUUGGUAUUCACACUGGCUGUCAGCGGUAACUUGUCCAACUUUCUGGAGAAAAAGGGUAGCUCGUCCUUCCAGUACAGCCCCCAGUUCCACAAAGUGACUAUUGCAGCAAUAGUUAUCUACUGCUAUGCCUGGCUGGUGCCUCUUGCCCUGUGGGGCUAUCUACAGUGGCGGAAAGGAGUCCACGUCAAUGUAGACUCCUACACCUUCCUGGAGACGGUGUGCAUCUAUGGUUAUUCCCUAUUUGUGUACAUUCCCACUGCGGUCCUGUGGCUGAUCCCUAUACCUUGGCUGCAGUGGCUGCUGCUCAUCUUUGCAAUGGGGCUCUCUGGCUCAGCUCUAGUCCUUACCUUCUGGUCAGUUAUCCGCUCAGACACCAAGCUGGCUGCUUGUGCCACAGUGGCUGUCAUUGUUUCUCUCCAUGUCCUCCUGGCUAUUGGUUGCAAGAUGUAUUUCUUCCAGAAACCAACCAACACAUCAUCUCCUCCCACAACAGCAGCCCAAUACAGCAGAAGCACACCCCCUCACCUGACCAUCAUCUCAAACACCCUGCAUAUGUGAAGGGCAGCUGGCUUUGAUCAUGAAUGUCUGGUCUCAGGGAGAGCCCAUGGACAGAGGAGAGUACACACCCGCUUAUGUUAUCCACUCAAGAGGCAGAGAUGGGCCUGCAGUAGUGAAAUGAUUGCAGAAAGGGACAGCACGAAGUGAUGAUCUAUUGUGCCCCUUCUAGUUAAACUUUAAAUUUUGGGGAAAGUUGGAACAUAACAGUCUGGAAACAGUUGAGAAUAUUUAGAUUCUCAGAUGGUGAAUUAGUGUGGAUUUUCAGGAUAGAAUAACAGCUUGUUUGGAGGUAAGCUGUGUGGAUGACAGGAAGGAGGAUCACGUAAGAUUACUUGGAUUUAUUUCAGCCGAUUGUUUUCUAGGCAAAGCUACUUUAAAUAAAACUAUCUGCUUUCUAAGAA